CAUCUUCUCCAUCUCAGCCGUUAAAAGUGGCGAACGCGGACGCCGGCUCAAUCAAUUUAUCUGAACGCUCGCUCUCUCACGAUGUUCACGUCUCUGUUCUUGGUGUGUGUGGCGCUUGCGGUCGGCACCUGGGCGCGCAAUGUGGACGGCGAAGAUGUACAGACACGGCUGACAGCCCUGUUUGAUAUGGACAUGCCGAAAACGGAUAUCGUGGACGCCCUGGGAACACGAGAAGUUUCGAACUCGGCAUCCGGUUGCAAAUGCUACCACGGAUGCAACUGUUGGGGAGUCGACAACAAGAUGAGAGUGGAAGUUGAUCUGAUGUUGGACGAGCUGAACCACUCUGGACACACGAUGAUCGUGGGAAAAUUCACCGUCGGACAUAGUGCUCCCUUUGAGAAGAUCUGGAAAGCGAACGAACCGCAGCACUUUUGUGAGAAAGUUGAGAACAAAAAUUACUGUUUCGCGUUGGAAGUUGAUGACGAUGGCAGACGCGAUUUCCUUCGAGGAUGGAUCAAAAUGACCAGUCCGAAAAAGAUGAACAUCGGCCAGUUUAAACUGCCACUGAUGAUGUCAUCUGAUGACGUCAGCGAAGAUAGCUCCGACGACGUCAGCACCGAAGAAUAUAUUGAUUAUUAAUGGCAAAACAUUAAAAAACAAUCAUUGUAGAUAAUGCUUGACUGAAUAUUUGAAUUAACAGCUUUAUAUAUAUUUAUGACUUUGCGGCCAUUUGAACACAACUAUACGGCAUUUGUUUUCGGCAUUUGUAUAAUAGCUUUGCAGGAGUCAAACGGAGUCGUAGCGUUAGGUUGUACACCUCUGACUUGAUAUAACUAAGGCCUCACUUCAAAAUACAGAAGCUACACAAUCUCAUUUUUAUUUUGUGGUAUUUUCUUGACAAUUUUAUCACUUCUUUUUUUAACAAAAUGCCGAAGUUACAAAUUUUGAAGGUUCAGUUUUUCUGUUUCUCUGUGAGAUCUCCAAACAUUGUUCGAUAUUUUGAUUACAUGGUAUAACACCAUUUUUAUUGGACAAUUUACAUUUAUUCGGCAUUUUUGCAAUUAGAUCCGGCUUGCCUUUAUGGUUUUAGUUAUGUAAACAGUUCAAAACCGGCAAUAAAUGCAGCUUCGGAAUUUUGAAGUGAGACCAUCGAUAAGUCAUUCAUCUAUAAUUAGUUUAUAAUAAACUUCAUUGUUAUGCAUAGAAAACAUGCAGUCAAAUGAAAAAUCAGUAAAUUUGUAAGCCCAUUCGACCGACUCUGAGGUGCUCCCUUCGUUUCGCUCCUGUGACGCUUUGAUCCUUGAUGUAUUAUUACUCAUUCAUUAGUCGGCGCCUGCACUUCAUUCAACAAAGGUAAUUAAACAUGAACAGUAAACUGUUGGUUUUCUCUCAAUAAAAAUAUAAUCAAUUUA